AGUAUAAUCUCUGCUCCAGAAAAGCCAACAAAAGCCUUCACUGGCGAGACUGUGUCAUUAAAGUGGCACUACAAUUCAGGAGAUCUAAAGAAUGAUCUUUUCGAGGUGGUGUUUGGUAUUUGGAAGAGUCCUAGGUCCCUGAUGAAGUUGAUAGCUGUCAACUCGAGUGGUUUUGCGUUAAUGAGGUCUUCCCAUAAGUCAUCGGUGGGUUGGGCAGGAAAUUUGACAUCCUCUGUCGCAGUGUUUGAACUUCACAAUGUAAAACUUAAAGAUGGCAUGAAGUAUGGAAUAUUGGUGGAAUAUGGUCUCCAUCAUAUCCCGUUGACCGACACAGUUCAGCUUCAAGUUAAGUCCAGACGUAAGUAAUAUCGUUCAUGACAGCUCGGACUAUGUUGGCAGUAACUCAAAAUUGUACUUUUGGUUGCUGUGAUUAUGGUUCAUUCGCAAGUUUUUAGACGGAGUCCACUGAAAAGAGGUACAUGCAUGUCUCUUCAAUGAGGGCACCAAUUGAUAAGGUGAUAGGGUCAUUGUUUGUUCUGUUGGGAUCAAAGUAAGAGUUCCUUGACCGGAGGGGUCCCUGAAUUAUCAAAAGAAAUCGAUAAAGGUAAUUUCUAGUUACAAGUAGUUACCGGAAGAUUGAUCUAGAUAAUUUUUUUUGCAGCCAUUUCUUAUUUACCGAGAAUCACAAACGUCAGUAAACCGCCCCUGCUCAGGAAAGGACAGAGCGUGAACCUUAUAUGUAGUGCCCAAGGCUUGUCUCCUGUUCAAGUCAUAUGGAAAAGAAAUGACAAAGUAUUAGUCAGCGGUAUUUUUAAAGCCAUAUUGACCCUAAGAAAUAUCACAGCUGAGGACUGCGGCGAUUACGUUUCUGUCGCUAAAAACUCCGCCGGAGAAGAUACUAGGACUGUUAUCCUACGAGGUAAAUGGUUUCACAUGAUAAUGCUUGCCAGACAGAGUUUCUUAAGGUGAUUCCUCAGAAAAAGUUAUCGAACAGUUUUUUCAAACUGUCCUUAAGUGUUCCCUACCAAUGUCUGUUUCGAAAAAUACAAUAAAAAAGAUAGGUCAUCGAGCUUGUUUAGGAUAUAUGACGGGCCAAACUUGCCCCAUUUAUGCCUGUACUAGCAUCAAUCACGCGCGUCAUUUCAUAGGUUCACGGUGCAUUUUGCUGCAACUGGAAGCAACAGUUUUUGAAGAACCACUUGAAAAAAACUUGAUAGGUAGAGAGUCUCGAGCGUAUGGAACAAUUUGAUAUAUAAUUGCGGGAAAAUCACACAAAGUUAACCGACAUCGACAUAAAACGUUCCUCGAGUCGUUCCUUUCAAGUUCACAAUUUGUAACGAGCUUCGAGCACGCUUUUAGCUUUAUCUUUUUUUCCCUUCUAAGAUUUUUUUUUUAAUUUCCCCAAGGGGAUAAUUUUUUCUCCAAAGUCAUGCAACAAAAAAAAUGGGUCACCGUCCUUGCUUAAGAGCUGAAGACCAUCGUACCUCUCUACCUGGUCCAUGGAUUGAAAACAAUACCGUGUUCUCGGAAUGCGCGUGCGCUCAUUCUUAUAAUUGCAUGAUUUUUAUGCGCAAUACAGGAUGCGUAGAGCAAUACUGAGGAAUCACCUUAAGAUGAAGCUUCGAGCGUAAGCCCUUCGUCAGAGCCCUUCGUUCUGACUACCGAAAGGUCAGCUUUAGAAACUCCAUAAACGAUGGCCAAUUUAACACGGCAUUAUCAACUCAAUUGAUGAAACCAAAUUAUCUUGUGAAAUCCUUAACUGACGCAGCUCUACGGUUUCUAAAGAAACUUACCCCCUUUAACGCAAGAUAAACCGACCACCACUGAUCUUGUUAGUCCUUCAAGCAGAUCGCAUAAAAAUUCAAGGAAUUUCCCUAUAAAUCAUUUUUGUUAUGUCAACUUUGCAUUCCUCUCAAUGCUCAAAUAUGAAUCCUAAAAUGCCUUCUCAUUGAUCACCGGACGAGCUAACGAGUACACUUUUGACCGUAGCCUUUCUUUCUAUUUCCCCUGGAAUUCCUCAUUAACAACUAAAUUUCCCGCUUGAAACAGUACUUCCGGAAAGUCCAACUAUACUGAAUUCAGACAAAAUAGUGACCAGUCCCAACUGGACGCUACGAUGGUCAGCGGUUGAAAGUGAAGGAGAGCUGCAGGUGACGUAUACAGUUCUGCAAAAACGUGAGGGUGAAGAAUAUUGGCUACUGGAAAAUGUUACAGUAAACAUAUUUCAAAUUAGACUUAAGGAUAAUACAUCUUACUCGUUCGUGGUGAAAGCUUGGAACAAAUGUGGAGAGAGUGGGUUGGACAGAGACAAAAUGCUGAACAUAUCCACCGACUUUGAAGACAAAGUUACACAAGGAAACGACAUAUCUCUCAAAACAGUUCCGACAGGUAGGAAAACAUUGAAUCUAUAGACCAGAAGAUUGGUGAAAAAAAAUCAUCAUCACUGUCCUAUGUGUUUCUUCAUAGUCAAUUUAUUUUCGGUCAGUAGGUCACAUAAAAGUUUGCAGGUACAUGCUGGCUGCCAUGAGACUCAAUUUUGCUCAUAGGUAUGACUGAUUUAUGUGUAUCUAACCAUUUCAUGGUUAUCGUAGACAAAAAGCCGUAUAAACGGAAAUGACUUUAAAGCCCAGAAAUUGGGUUGUUUUGUAAUAGAAUGGAGAGAGGAACUACGUGACUUAAGUGUCUUGGCCAAGAACACAGAGCUGGGAGGGAAAAGUAAUGACCGGCUAGGCUCAAACCGUAGACGCGUCAAUCCAGUGAACCAAUCAAAACCUCACCCCAUUUCCUAGAUGUUAACUAAUUUCAAAUUUCAUUCGACAGAGAGUGAGACUGCACUGACUCCAUUCUCCAGCAGGGGACAAAAAGACGUUGAGUCCCCGUGGAAAAUUGAAUUCAUAAUUUUGAUAGUACUGGGCAUCACUUUUUUAGUGUUAAGUGCAAUCGUGUUAAUGCGAAUAAAAAUUAUCCAAGACAAAGGAGAUGACCAAAGUAAGUAACUUAAAGCGUGCCCUUCGAUUGAAUUUCGUAAGACAAAAACUGUAGUACAUGUUAUAACAGAGGCCAAUCAGAAGAAAGGAUAAUUUUGGACUCAUAUUAAAUGGAGUCAACUAGAGCUCAAAACAAAAACAGGCAAAUUGCCUCUAGAGCAAGAAAACACAAUUCAUUCGAGCCGCCAGUGGUUUUAGUUUUGCAUCUGAUUGGCUGGAGAGUUACUUACAAUCACAGAGCAGAGUGAAGUAAACCAUUACAAUUUAGAUAUUUUUUGUAAUAAUGUAUGCCUUACAGCUUAACCAUCGAUGAUGAUGAAGACAAGGAUAAAGCUUUCAGUCUUUUGAAGACGUGAAAUUACAUUAGAGUGAAAGGGAAGGAAACAUCAUAGAUAAAAGAGUAACAAUUUCCCUAUUUUUCUCUUCAAAACUCCAUAGGACCUCAAGAUUUAAGGAACGGAGGGUAGGCAUUCAGUGGCGAAGUAAUCCUUACGAGGCAAAUUUCAGUAUCUCACAUCUCAUAUAGUUGUUAUUAUUAUAGAUGAUGUUCAACUUUCUCUAAUUUUGUAGAUUCCCUGGAAAAAGUCGAAGUUCAACGAGCUAGACAUCAAAAACUCUAUGUAUUAAACUCUGUGUCAAUCAAUAUGAUUUUUUCAUUUAUUAGAAUAAGUACUCGCAAUGAAUCAAAAGUUAAGUCGAUGAGUUGAUAAAUAACAAAAAAAUGGAUUUUCAAUUUCUGAUAUGCAUUGCUUUUUCAGGUUAACCAUAUUGCAUUUAACUUUACAAGAAAAUUCUGCGUUUGAUCAGGUGGGGAAAGUAUAAUCUGUAUGGUCUCUUUUAGUGUAAACUAAAUCAGCUCAAGGCGUUGAAGGCGCGCCCUGAUUAGCCACUCAAACGCCGAACAUCCCUUGCUAUUCACCGCUGAGCAACUCACGCGGGAUUUAAGCUCGGAAAUAUUUUAAUCGUUGAAGGAGUAAAUUAGUCAAGAUCAUCUUUUUGUGCUAUUUGGUAUAUACUUAAACAACUAUUCACCUCAUAGUCGGUGGCUAGCGGUGGAUAAUUACCUCACCGCAUCGCAGCUUGGUAAACAUCCACCACUAACGUUCAUCUACCACGAAACUUUCUCCAUUUCCGUAAAUAGUUACUAGUUACCGUUGGUUUAAUCCAAAUAUUGCUUUACUAUUACUAUUUCCAGUUUCUCUCAUUGCCACAAAAAGGUCGAGUGCUCCAGGAUAGUUUGAUUUUGUCACCCGAGUUGAUAAUGCGAAUUAGCCACCAUGAAGAGAUUAAGGUCAGCUUUGUUAGAAUGGCAGAAUUCAGUUCAUGCCAAGAACAAAAACCGAUCCAUACACUGAUCGACCCACCACAAGUACCACCCAGUCCUGAAAAUUAAAGAAUAAGAGUUACUAAACUUUCUGAAAUAAUCUCUUUUACCCUUGACGUAAUCUCAUCUCCUUCAGAGACUUAAGUAUCUAACCUCCAACAACAUCAAUUUAUUGUAUGAUUUAUUUGCAGGCUCACGAGGAUUCUUUAGAAAGAGAACCAUUGACGACAGUGGUGACUUCAUUGGGACUUUCACGAUCCUCGUUGACGAUAGAACAACCAGUAUCGGCAAUAGUUGCUAACACUAAGGAAGGAAUAGGAGAGACACCUGAGAUGAGCUCCGUUCCUGCUGCAUGCUCAUCUGGUCAGCAGGUCAUGCCUUUUACGAAGUUUUCUUCCCGUGAAAAUUAUGAGAGUUCUUUAGAAAGAGAACCGGUGACGACAGUGGUGACUUCACUGGAACUUUCACAAUCCUCGUUGAUGAUAGAACAACCAGUAUCAGCAACAGUGGCUAACACUAAGGAAGGAAUAGGAGAGACACCUGAGAUGAGCUCCGUUCCUGCUGCAUGCUCAUCUGAUCAGCAGGUCAUGUCGUGUACAACGUUUUCUUCACGUGAAAAUUAUGAGAGCUCUUUAGAAAGAGAACUAGUGACGACAGUGGUGUCUUCACUGGGAUUUUUACAAUCCUCGUUGACGAUAGAGCAACCAGUAUCAGCAGUAGCGGUUAACACUAAGGAAGGAACACGAGAGAGACCCGAAACGAGCUCCGUUGCUGCUGCAUGCUCAUCUGGUAAGCAGGUCAUGUCUUGUAUAAAGUUUUCUUCACGUGAAAGUUAUGAGGUGUUGCACAACUUCACUGAAGUGAACGCCCAAGUUGUUACAGCUCCAAAUGCAGGGAAUGAAAACAUUGUCCGAGUUCAAGAGGAAACGACAGUCCGACGUCUUGACACGUUCAGAGAGAACAAACUUGAAGGAGUGAAUCAUUCAGAAGAUUACUUGCAACCAGUGGAACACUUACAACCUGCGUUUCAAAACAGAAAUAACUCCAGGUGUUUUCAGGGAAAGAUACAAACCUUGCCCCAAGGUCGUCCUGUACCUAAGCCCAGAGGAAAAUCGUCCACGUUUGCAGGAAUGACCUUAACUUCACGAUUAUGUGACAGUCAACGUGCAGGUGUCGAACGAGUUAACCAAUCAAGGUUCUGCACUCCUCAUCCAAGAGUUCUACACGAAGAACACAGUUAUCAGAAUGAUAGAUGUACAGGAACCCCACACGAGAGCCCAAGAUAUCCACGAUCAGUGUUAGCUUCUACUUCCAGGAAGGAGUCACCAUACACAAAAGUGCAGAGCAACACCAACUGGGAAGUUCCCGGCGAACGCUUGAGACUAUUUAAAAGGAUCGGUGGUGGAACAUUCGGUCAAGUGUGGGAAGGUGCGGUGUUGGAUGUGCGUGGUACUCAAGGCUGGUCUAUUGUGGCUGUUAAGAUGCUAAAGGGUAUGUGUUACUGCUAACAAAAUAUAAAAAUGCCUAUAAAUCCGUACUGACUAUCGACAGCUUUUAAUGCGAAAGGAUGGAGCGUUACAUCUUAUACCUCAGAGCGGUGCUUGCAUGCACUGCUAAAAAAUCUUAGAUUCGUAAAUGAUGUUUUCUCUGAGAUAACUAAUCUAGGACUGGGAAACGUUACAUAAUCAUGCAGUUUCUACUUUCACUAUCUCUGCCACACAGAAACACAUGUUAUCAUUUAAAACCAAAGGGAUAAUGUUACAUUAAAACUACUAGAAAGUUAAGAUUCGGCUCCGUUUUCUAAUGAGUGAGGAGUUCGUCGCAUGUGCUGUUGGAUCAUCAGUAAUAAGAAUCGAUAAAGGCACAUUUUUAUGCAAGCAAUACUUCUUCAAAAAGAAGGAAAGAAUUUUGUGUCACAUCAAUAAGUAAAUGAGGAGGUAGCAAGUCGCAAAUUAUUCGGGGAACUCUUUACUUGUGUGUAAGAAUACGUUUUGUAUUUAAAGCUUCACAGCUAAAACUUAAAAAAAAAUAUAUGUACCAAGUUUUUUGGAGGAACGAAUGAACAAAAUUUAGUUAGAAAUAUUGUAACUAAAGUUUUCAUAACAUUCGCUGUUGCAGAAAAUUCCUCGAAGUCGGAUCGAAUGGAUUUGUUGUCAGAGCUGGACCUGUUGAAGAAACUUAAACCUCAUCCUAACGUAAUACAAUUGUUGGGCUGCUUGACGAAAGACGUAGUCCGAUGUAAAGGAGGGCGAGAAUUUAGUGAGUUGGAUUAUUUCUAUCCUAAAUGAGCAAAGUAAACAGUCGGAAGGAAAAUGCCGGUCUUUGUUGUGUCAAAACUGAAAAAUAUGCAACCCGGAGAGAUUUGACUUCCUUGUUUGCCAUUGUUGCUUGUUUGUUUGUUUGGUUUUUUUCUUCAUAACCACAUCCUAGUUGCGUUUGUCGACGGGAUGAGAGAAGGAUGGUCGUUUUCACCUCAGGUAUUGUUGUUUCAAAAACCAGGGCUUAUCAGCAAUCACAAAAUAAAUUUUAUUAGCGGCUUAAUGCAGUUAUUUGACUUCUAGAGUCACAAAAUAAUUCAUCUUUGUCUAUUUCAGAACGCUAUUGCAUAACUUAAACACCAACGAUUCAUUUUCUUUGCAUAUUCAGGGCCGCCGCUUGUUAUUCUGGAGUUUGUAUCUCAUGGCGAUCUCCUUGGAUAUCUAAAGAAAAGUAGAGGCGAGACAGAUGACUACUACGACGUUAAAUGCGCUGAAACUUCAUCGAAAAUACCAACAGAACAACUUUACAAAUUCGCUUGUGAUAUUGCCCGGGGAAUGGCGUUCAUAUCGGCUCACCAGGUGUAGCAUUUCACUUAAUCUGUACCAUUUUUAUGACACGUGAUAUAUUUAAAAAUUACUCAGCGAUAUAUUUAACAAUUAAAUAUCUACCGCCAGCCACUGCCACUGAAAUGAAAAGUUGUGUAAGUGUAAACUUAAACUCUGAGAUAACAUAGCACAAAAGAUGAUUUUAUCUAAUUUAUUCCUGCAAAGAUUACAAUAUUUUCGGGCGCAGGUUCAGCGCAAGUUGCUCGGAGGUGAAUAGCAAAGGAUAUUUGGAGUUUGAGAAGCCAAUCAAAACGCGUCUUCAACACCAUCCACGUUUUUAGCAUAUACUAAACUCAAGUAUACGCUUUUUCCAUACGGGAUAUUUCAAUUUUUAUACUUCUAGCUUACAUACCAACAGACAUUUACUCGUGUUAAUAGCGCUUAAAAGGAAACUAACUAAAGUUGGACAAACACAAAGUUAAGAAUUAAGAAUAAGAGGUGUAUUUGUCAAAAUUGGAAAUACAACAGUUCAAACUGAACUGCGAAAUCCCUCGUGGAGGUCAAUUCUCAAUGAAUAACGAUAAUUCAAAACGAUGGUGAUGAGAAAUUUAUUUCACGAGGUUAAACACAGGGUAAAAUAUUAUUAAUCAAAUUGUUUGUUCACUCGUAGUUUGUUCACCGAGACUUGGCAGCGAGGAACGUGUUGGUUGGCGAGGGUCUGCGCUGUAAAAUCACUGACUUUGGAAUGGCGAGAGAUCUUGGCAAAGAUAAAAUUUAUGUCAGGAGGUCGAAUGUAAGUAAGCAUGCACCCACAAACAGGUUCGGUGAGUGCGCACUGCUUCCCACCACCCCACUCUCCCGCGACCUUUCAAAUUCGUUACUUCUCAGACUUGAUCACAUUGACCCUGGUGUCUCAGGCUUGAGGAACUUAAAACUUUAUUGACAACUGAACUCACAAAACACUUAUUCUGGUUUUAUACCGAAGGUGAUUAAAUUGUUAUUGCGUUAUUUUACAGGGAGUUGUACCAGUAAAGUGGAUGGCAGUUGAAUCACUAACAAAACAAAUUUUUACGGCAGAAAGUGACGUGUAAGUAGAUCGAUAAGCUUGAAUUAGAAGUGAUAGCACUUUCCCGAAUGGAUAUUUACUCAGUGCAUUUCUUAAGAGUUCAAUGUCUCUUUAGCGUGAAAUCAAAUCUUCAUGUUUCCCAUCCGACUGUUUCCUGCUGAACAGUUACCUGAUCAUGUAAGAAAGCGAGAAAAGUUCCUUGUAUACGAUAGACUUUUCGAUAGUCUACAUUACGAGAGACUCUUCGCAAACCAAAAAUAGUGAUAAUCACCUGAGACAGAUAGCGGUAAUAUGAUUUUUUUUCUCAGUUCGUGAGCGGGCGGUAUUCUACAAAUCCUGCAAUCUGAUUGGUUCCGAGAGCGGGCAGUAUUCUCCCCAUCCAGCCCACUCACAGUUCUUUUCGCAACCAUUUGUUAGGUUUUAGAAAAAAAUAAAAAUGUUAUUCACCAGCCAAGGUCGGUCUGUAUUGGGAAAAACUCUGCCCUCUGUCUUGGAUACCGCCCGAGGCCGUUCACAAGACAGAUGGCACAGUCUUUCCCAAUACGGACCGAUCUUGGCUGGUGAAUAACAUAUAUAUACGUAGUACUUUUUUGUCUUUCUUUUUGUCUUUCUCUUUUUUAGGUGGAGUUAUGGCAUCGUCCUACAUGAGAUAUUCACACUCGGUAAGUGGAAUUUUUCCAGGUUUGUGGGAGACUUGAGGUUAUUUGGACUCCAAUUUCAAGCGUCGUCAAUUUUUUUUCGGAGUAAAAACAGUAAUAUGGCGGAGAAAGCCAGAGGAUAACACGAUACCAGCUUAACUAGGUCACCUCUUUUCGAGGAGACCAGACAAUCAAUGUAGACUGUUAAACUGGAAUGUCAAGUGCGAUCGUGAGGGGCUGGUAUCGCACCUGCUAACAGAAAGUAUGACUGUGAUCAUUCGGGAAUAGUAGUUCCUUUUCAGAGCUACCAUAUCCCUGACGAGUAGACUACACAAUCAACUGCUGCUUCAGGUUUCAAACCUUUCACUCUACUGAAAAGAAAAUUUGCAAGUCUGUUAUCACUCAGUACUAUCUUUUCUACAGAAUCUUUUUUUUUUCAGCUUUCUGGGAGCUGACAUCUUUUAAAGUCUUCGCAAAAAUACUAACUUAUACUUUUAUCUUUGCAGGGGGGAACCCUUACGAUGGAAUGAGCGGACAAGAAGUAUUUACAUACGUGUCACAUGGUCACAGAUUGCGAAGGUCGUCAGGCGUGAGCCGAGAAUUGUAC